AUGAAGUUCUUGGCCUUCCUCCCCUUCGCUGCCGCCGCGGCGACGGUGCCACAAUCCGUCUCCUAUGACGGCCACAAGGUCUUCCGCGUGCCCGUCACCGAUGACGGAUCCUUCCUCCGCUCCGUCCUGGAGAAGCUCGACGUGACAACCUGGCAGCCGCCCGCUAAGAAGGGCGCUUUUGCAGAUAUCCAUGUACCGCCUCAGUCCCUGAAGCCAUUCCAGGAGGCGCUUGAGGGCCACGAGGUCAUCACCAUGCACGAGAACCUUGGCGAGUCUAUCCGUUCGGAGCAAACCUACCAAGUAUACGCCGCCGGAGCUGCCCCCAAUAGCACUUGGUUCAACUCGUACCACCCGUACAACGACCAUGUCAAGUGGCUCAACGACAUGGCCUCAACGUACCCCAAGAACUCAAAGGUUGUCACCUCCGGCAACAGCCUCCAGGGAAAUCCCAUCACCGGACUUCACAUCUUUGGCAGCUCUGGUGGUGGACAGAAGCCCGCCAUCGUGUUCCACGGCACUGUGCACGCCCGUGAAUGGAUCGCCAGCAUGGUGAUCGAGUACUUUAUCAACGAGCUCGUCACAAAGUACGGCUCUGAUUCCCAGAUCACUUCAUUCGUUGACAAGUACGACUUUUACCUGUUCCCCAUUGUCAACACAUCCGACCGCAUGUGGCGCAAGAACCGUCAGACCACCGCUGGCAGCUCCUGUCUCGGCCACGAUAUCAACCGCAACUGGCCGUACCAGUGGAAUGUCGGGGGCGGCGCGUCCACCAACCCCUGCGCCGACGACUUCCGCGGCGCCAGCGCCGGCGAUGCUCCUGAGACCAAAUCCCUCUCCGGCUUCUUGCAGAGCGUUAAGAAUGCCCAGGGGCUGAAGCUGUACAUUGACUACCAUUCCUAUUCGCAGCUCUUUAUGACCCCCUAUGGAUACUCCUGCAACGCUGUCGCGCCCAACAACGCAGUACUGCAAGCCCUUGCCCGGGGUACCGCUGGCGCCAUGGGCAAUAGGUACGGAACCGCCUUCAGAUACGGCCCCAUUUGCAGCACCAUCUACAAGGCCACUGGCAGCAGCGUCGAUUACGUCGCCGAUGUGGUCAAGGCCGACCAUACCUUCACUGCUGAGCUGCGCGACACAGGCCGCUACGGCUUCGUUCUUCCUCCGGAGCAGAUCCGCCCGAGCGGCGAAGAGGCGUUCGAUGGUGUUGCCUACUUGCUCACCAACAUGAAGUAG